AAUUUUCUUUAUUAUAGGUUAUGUUUAUUGUUUACAAAUAGUCCGCCAAAUACCGGAACAAUUCUGAUUAUGAUUACUCAAUACCACUAUAAAACAUGGGUCAGAUGUCACAAUCAGCUAUCAGUAUUUGCUUAACGUUUGUUCAACGAAUAAUAGUUAUGUGUAAUGAAAGCCAUGUGAUCUCGUGCCUCAAGUCAUGAAUCUUUUAUCUUAGCAAUUAUUACGACAUCAGUAGUUGAUCUACGGUCUGCAGUUUUUUGCUAAAUCGUUUAGUAUGACCUUUACUGGUAUAAGUUUAUGUCGUCGUCUAGUUCAAUUUGUUGUAAUUAAAAGAAUGUCUUCUAAUAACUUUGGAUACGAGGGUGCUAUCAGCAACUUAAACUUAUUGCAGUCAAAUAAAUCAGCUAUAGAACAAAUAAGAAAGGAUAUUAGAACUGGUCAGAAAUGUGACAACAUACAGCUAAUGGAGGACUACUUAAUGAGAACUGGAGUGCCACUGUCCAAGCUUGAUCAGUUAUCUGUGAUUCAUGUUGCAGGCACUAAAGGAAAGGGGUCAACGAGUGCGAUGUGCGAGUCAAUCCUCCGUCACCACGGGUACAGGACUGGCUUCUACUCGUCACCUCACCUAGUAGCCGUGAGGGAACGGAUCAGGCUUGCUGGUAGACCAUUGACUGAAGAAGUAUUUGCAAAGUAUUUCCAUAGAGUGUGGGAUGCACUAUACAGAACGCAGAAAUAUAAAGGAGACAUGCCGAAGUAUUUCUCAUUUUUAACGGUGCUGGCAUUUAAUGUGUUCCUGGAAGAGAAAGUAGAUGUUGCCAUCAUUGAGGUUGGCAUCGGUGGCAUUGUGGAUUACACUAACGUAUUAAGAAAGGUUCCAAUAGUCGGUAUCACAGCGCUGGGCUUAGAUCAUACGUCGAUACUGGGGAGCACCCUGCCGGAAAUAGCGCGGGCGAAGGCGGGUAUUAUGAAGCCGGGAUGUGUGGCUUAUACCGUGCAGCAGCCUCAAGAUGCUAUGGAAGUUCUCAACUCAGUCGCUGAUAAACUUGGUUGUCCACUCACAGUGGCGCCGGAGUAUGACUCCUAUACAUAUCAGAAUGGACUUAAAUUCUCUAUAGAACUAGAGGCUUACAGAAUUAAUGUAUCUUUAGCGAUUCAGUUAGCUCAUGCUUGGAUAAAAACGAGACAAGAUUCUAAUAAUUGUUUGGCUAAUGGUGAUAAAGUCGUUAAUAGCCAUGUUAUGAAAACAUUAUCUAAGGAAACGGUUAUGGGUGUUCGAGAAUGUAAUUGGCCUGGGAGGUAUCAAGUUAUAGAUACUAAUUAUGGGAGUGUUUAUUUGGACGGUGCUCACACAAGAGAGUCAAUGGAAAUCUGCGCGAGAUGGUUUCUUGAAAAGAGCAGGUUUGAAGAUAAUGUUUUAAUAUUUAGUGCUACUGGUGAUCGAGAUCCUGUUAUGCUUUUGAAACCUUUACAACAAAUUAAAUUUUCAUACGUAUUCUUUGUGGUACCAACAGCUCACAAAGUGCAAAAUAAUAAGAAUGACAACUUUUCAAUAACGGAAAAAGAUGAGGGUUUGACAAAAUGUGAAAGUCAUGCGAAAAUCUGGCGACAGAAUAAUGACGUAACGAGUAAUAUUUUUGUUUUCGCAUGUGUAUCAGACGCUUUAUUAAUAAUAAAACAAAAAAGUCAGAUGUCUGUUUUGGUAACCGGUUCGUUACAUUUAGUGGGAGCAACUUUAUCGUUGAUAGAUCCACAUCUAAAUGAUUAGUUAAUAAUGUAUAAACUAAAAUAUAAGAAAAUGUAUUAUAAUUUUACACUAACUUAUUACGCUCAAAGCGAUGGAAACGUCUUUAAAUUGAAAAGAAUUUAUUAACUAAUGUUAACACAAAUCAAAUUGGGUGAGAGAGAAUCUGUCUUUUAGUCAUAAGAAUAUUGUGAUAUAUAUGUUGAGAAUGAGAAUAUUAGUACGAUUUACACUACCUACAUGCGCGCCUGAGUGUGUAAAGAAACAUUUUAUUUUAUAUUAAUUGUUAAAUAGCUGUAUUAUGACUGUUGCCUUAUAUUUCAAUUGUUUUAUGUUUUAGUUAAAGCAAUAAAAAUAUUUUGCUCAUCUUA